GUCUCUCAACCAUUUGCCCCUUUCAUCUGUAUUUUUCAUGGCUGAAGCUUGAGCUUCACAACCCUUCCAUCUGCCCCAAAAAACAAAUUAAGUCUCCACAAUGAUAGUUGCAGACAAACAGUGAUUCCAGGCAUUUAUGUCGUAAAAUUGCUGUAGGAAGCCAAUCCAUGGAGUCCGGAGAACUUGAGGGUGGCAGGGAGGUUCGAGAAGUCUUCGCAAAUGGCGUUUGCAUGAAAACAGCCGAAGUUGAGGCUAAGCUUGAUGAGGGAAAUAUUCAAGAGGCAGAAUCUUCGUUACGGGAAGGCUUAUCGCUCAAUUUUGAGGAAGCAAGAGCUCUUCUUGGGAAGUUGGAGUAUCAAAGAGGUAAUGUAGAAGGAGCUCUGCGUGUGUUUGAGGGCAUUGAUCUCCAAGCUGCCAUACAGCGAUUGCAACCUUCCAUUGCUGAAAAAGUACCUUCCAGGAAGGGUCGAUCUCGCACUGAAUUAGUGCAUGCAGUCUCACAGCAUGCUGCUAGCCUAGUGCUUGAAGCCAUAUACUUAAAAGCCGAGUCUCUUCAAAAGUUGGGGCGUUUAAGUGAGGCUGCUCAUGAAUGUAAAAGUGUGCUUGAUGCUGUAGAGAGGAUAUUCUACCAAGGCAUUCCUGAUGCUCAAGUGGAGAGUAAAUUGCAAGAGACAGUCAGCCAAGCUGUAGAGCUCCUUCCAGAACUCUGGAAGCAAGCUGGUUGCUAUCAUGAAGCAAUUUCUGCUUAUAGACGUGCCCUCCUUAGUCAAUGGAACCUUGAUAAUGAUUGCUGUACUAGAAUUCAGAAAGGCUUUGCAUUGUUUUUGCUGUACGGUGGAGUGGAGGCUGGUCCACCCAGUUUAGCUGUCCAGAUUGAUAGUUCGUACGUUCCUAAAAAUAAUCUAGAGGAGGCAAUCCUACUUUUGAUGAUUCUUAUGAGGAAAUUUAUCCUUGGUAAGACUAAAUGGGAUCCAUCUGUGAUGGAGCACCUAACUUUUGCUCUAUCUUUAUGCUGCCAAACGCCUGUUUUGGCUAAGCAAAUUGAAGAGAUAAUGCCUGGGGUAUAUCAUCGUGUCGACCGUUGGAAUUCUUUAGCACUUUGCUACAGUGGAGCUGGACAAGACAAGGUUGCAUUGAACUUACUGAGAAAAUCUUUACAUAAACAUGAACAACCAGAUGAUCUCACUGCACUCUUAUUGGCUGCCAAGAUAUGCAGUGAGGAUUCCAAUUUAGCUGCUGAGGGAGUGGAAUAUGCACGAAGGACAAUUAAUAAUGCUCAGGGAAUUGAUGAGCACAUAAAGGGUGUGGGUCUUCGCAUGUUGGGCCUUUGUUUGGGAAAGCAGGCUAAACUAUCUUCUUCUGACUUUGAGAGGUCUCGUCUUGAAUCUGAAGCAUUGAAGUCAUUAGAUGAGGCUAUUGCUUUGGACCACAAUAAUACGGACUUGAUUUUUGAGUUGGGUGUUCAGCGUGCAGAGCACCGAAAUUUGGAUGCUGCUUUACAAUAUGCGAAGAAGUUUCUUGAUGAAACAGGCGGAUCCAUAUUAAAAGGUUGGAGAUUACUUGCUCUGGUUUUUUCUGCCCAACAGCGACUCACAGAUGCUGAGGUGGUCACAGAUGCUGCUUUAGAUGAGACUACAAAAUGGGAACAGGGACCACUUCUCAGGGUGAAAGCAAAGCUAAAGGUCUCCCAGUCACUACUCACGGAUGCGAUUGAGACUUAUCGUUACCUCCUUGCAUUAGUUCAAGCCCAGAGGAAAUCUUAUGGGCCCCUUAGAAAGUUUACUCAGGUUGAGGAUGAUAAAGUCAAUGAGUUUGAAGUUUGGCAUGGUCUGGCAAAUUUAUACUCUAGUAUUUCUCAUUGGAAGGAUGUGGAGAUAUGUUUGGGAAAAGCCAAAGAGCUGAAACAGUACUCUGUCGAAGCUCUGCACACUGAAGGUAUAAUGUGGGAAGGUCGUGGGCAGGUCGAAGAAGCUUCGGCUGCUUAUAUUAAUGGCCUUUUACUAGAACCUUGUUAUGUUCCUUGCAAAGUUUUGAUUGGUGCUCUGAUGUCAAAAAUGGGCCCAAUGGCAUUGCCUGUGGGAAGAAGCUUGCUGUCAGAUGCAUUGAGGAUUGAUCCUACUAACCAUAUGGCUUGGUAUUACCUGGGGAUGGUUUACAGGGAUGAUGGACGAAUAGCUGAUGCUGCAGAUUGCUUCCAGGCAGCUUCCAUGCUUGAAGAAUCUAAUCCCAUCGAAAGCUUUGACUCUAUUCUUUGACAGAGCUCCCAUAUCUUAUAAAGUUUAAAUUUUUAUUAGGUGAAAUUUUAAAAUUUAUUUGUUGAUAAAUUCAUUUUUAUUUUACUUCUAUAUUCUACAAAGAAAUUGACUGCCAUGAUCGGGGAUGGGAUGGGUUUGCUAUUGUGUCACAUUUUCAUUGCAGUAGAGAUUCCUCAUUGCUUUAUUUUCUUGUUCUGGGAUUGGCAUUCAUGAUGAAGAUAACAUUGCAAGGCUAUCUUGGGAUGGAACAUUUAUUAUCAAUGCGCGCAUGAGCUUCACAGCCUCAGCAGUCUGCAAUAUGGAGGGACACGUCAUUAGUACAAUAUUGUGUCCAUUAUUAAAUUUAUGAGGUCAUUAUAAAAACUGAGUAAUUAUUUUUUAAA